GCGUCGACGCGAAUACAUGCGUAUGCGCUCCAAUGUGCGAAUAAUUCGAAAAUACGAUGUUUUCAUAUGAAAAAAUGUGAAACAAAGUUUUUAUAAAAAUUAAAUUUAAAUCGGUGAUGGUGAUUAUGUUAAUUUUAAAUUAGUGUUGUGUUGGUUUUAUUUAAUUUAAGUGCAUAUUCGGAUUUUUAUAAGUCAACAUGAAAAUUAUUUUAUAUAUUGCUAUAACAACAUACGUCGUGUUAAAUACAACAAAUGCAUUUGAUACAAAAUACACAUUGCUUCAGCCACCGACAGACACCGAAUUAGUUGAAGAAUCCUUCUCACCUGGUGGCUUCUCAUAUAAAUUUACCAGCGGUGAGGCGUUUCCAGUUGAUCCCACCAGCACAGACCUUAUAGGCACAUCACUGGCACCUCCAUUUCUUGUAUCGUCAACAUUUAAAUCGUAUACAAGCAAAUCCUUCUGCGUAUUUUCUAUAAAACAAAAUGAUGUUAUCGUCUUGAGCUUAUGUUUGCAACCGGCUGGAAAGAACGUUUCCAGAAUCACACUGAGAACCGAAUUAUUCACAUUAAGUGAAUCGAUUCAAUACUUAUUCAAUGAGAAUUACAAAGAUAAUUGGAUCAAACUUGUGAUGUAUGUACAUGAUGACACUGCGGACUUGUACGUGAACUGCAGUAAGCAACCAAAUACGCUGUAUUUGGAUCAAAAAUUGGACAGUAUAGCGCUAACGGACCGUAUGGAGAUCAAUGUAGCUGUGUCACAGAGAUUUAAAUUUGAGGGUCUCAUAGAAGAAAUAAACUUGCACACAAAUGCCGACGAGGACACUUUAAAGUUAAUAUGUGAAAAGGCUAGAUCAAUUACAGAUAUAAUUACAUCAUACACUGAUCCACUUGGGCCAAGUUUAGUUACCGCUGAUACAGAUCCUCCAUCAACAGAAGAUCCUUUGCCUGAAAAGGGGGAAAAAGGAGAAAGAGGAGACCAAGGAGAAAGAGGGACACAAGGCCUUAAAGGAGAAGUAGGUGCACCAGGUAUUAAAGGAAUCAAAGGCGAAAAGGGUGAUAAAGGUGAUCUUGGACAGAAAGGUGAUGUGGGACCCCAAGGACUACUGGGACCAGUAGGACCAAUUGGCAAAAAAGGAGAGGAAGGAGCAUGCCAAUGCUCAGAGAAAGUGGUAUCAAGUCUGUUACUGUCAAUGCCUGAAAUGAAAGGACCUGCUGGUGAAAGAGGUCCACCAGGAUAUGAUGGCCCAGUUGGACCACCAGGUAAAACUGGUAAUAUUGGUCCUAUGGGUGAAAGAGGACCCAUGGGUUUGAAAGGAGAACCAGGAGCCAAAGGGGAUGAUGGUCUUCCAGGUAGAGAUGGGGCAAUUGGACCAAAAGGGGAGCCAGGUAAAGAUGGCAUUCCAGGAACACCAGGGGAAAGAGGACCAAGAGGAGAGCAGGGACCUCCGGGUGAAAUACGUUUGGAAACAGACGAGGAGAUAAAGUCAAGAACCGUAGUUAUUCCUGGAGCAAAAGGUGAUGAAGGACCAGUGGGACCUCCGGGCAGGCAAGGUGAAAGAGGUGAACGGGGGGAACGAGGUGAUAAAGGGGAACCUGGACCAAUGGGACAAAAGGGUGAUCAGGGCCACAGAGGUCUUCAAGGCCCUAGAGGUGAAAAGGGUGACAUAGGUGAGGCAGGAGAGGAUGGAUUACCUGGCACACCCGGCACACAUGGACGGCCUGGAGAAAGAGGCGAAAAAGGUGAAAGAGGUGACAAAGGAGAUAAAGGUGUAGACGGACGGCCAGCUUCUUUGAAAUCAGUUCUAGAUGCUGAAAAUGCAGCGGUGGCCGAAAAAUUGAGAGGGAUGAAAGGCGAAAGGGGAGAAACAGGUGAAAAGGGUGAAAAAGGUGAUCGAGGUGAAACUGGGCUACAAGGACCAAGUGGAAAGGAUGGUAAAGACGGCAAAGAUGGAAAGAAAGGUGAUGUUGGUCCGAUUGGAAAGACUGGGCCUAAAGGAAGCCAAGGAGAACGAGGUCUACCUGGUGAAGUUCCUGAAUCUAAAAUAGCUUUAUUGAAGGGUUCAAAAGGCGACAGAGGUCACCAUGGACCAAAAGGACCACCUGGCCCUACUGGUAGUAAAGGAGAACCGGGAGAAAGAGGUCCAGUUGGUCCUCAGGGACAAACUGGAGAUCAAGGUGUUGCGGGACCAAUAGGACCUAUGGGACCAGCAGGGUAUAAUGGCACGAAGGGGCAAAAAGGAGAAAAAGGUGCAAGUGCGCCACCAGUUGAUUUGUAUAAGCUAAAAGGUGAAAAAGGAGACAGGGGUCUUCCUGGCGAUCCUGGUCCUCCAGGGAAGUCUGGGCCAGAAGGUCCACCGGGUAAAUGUGUGGAAGCAUCAGUUCGAUCACCUAUACCAGGUCCACCAGGACCGCCGGGUCCACCUGGACCCCAGGGACUUUCCAUCGUGGGUCCUAAAGGGGAACCAGGAGUCACGAUGAUACAGGAGACGUAUCAGUCAUUUGUCAAAGCGCCAGGUGAUCCAACUGAUGAGGAUGACUUCUAUACAUUAAAUACAAUGGUCUUUAGGACGAAACGUGCUCUUCUGAAGAAAACAGAGGAAACGGAGCUCGGAACGUUAGCGUACGUUUUAAAGGAGAAAAUAUUGCUUCUCAGAGUUGAAAACGGCUGGCAAUAUGUUGUGAUGGCUUCAAUGUUGGAUUCAAACCCGCCCCCACCGCCAACAACAACAACUACCACAACGACCACCACUACCACUGCCAGGCCGAGUACUACCACUACCACUACCACUGCUAGGCCAACUACUCCAUCAACUGCCAGGCCGUUUGUAGAACCAGUCGUACGACCACCGAGAAGAAGAGGCUACAUUCGAAUGGUGGCUCUGAACGAUCCACAUACAGGAUAUAUGUUAAGUCAUAAGAAGGUUGGACGCGAAGGAGCUGACCAGUUGUGCUACGAACAAGGCAAGAUGUUCAGACUAGGAGCUACAUUUAAACCAUUUUUGGCGACAAGUGAUCAAAACCUCAUCAAUAUAGUUGGGAGGGCGGAUUGGAAUGCUCCAGUGGUCAAUAUGAACAGGUCCCUUCUAUUUCCCUCUUGGGCCAGCAUUUUCUUUGGGAGUGGAGCAGAAUUUGUCAAUCCUGCUACAAUCUUCAGUUUUAAUGGGAAAAGCGUUAUGAUCGACUCGCACUGGCCAACUAAGACCGUAUGGCAUGGUGGUCAUAAUGACCAUUAUGGCUCAGCAGAUAUGGACGCAAACUGCAACAAUUGGAAGAGUGGCUCUAAACACUACUAUGGAGUUGGAUCUUCAUUAGCCAACAAUCGUCUAUUAAACCAAGAAUUAUACACCUGUGAUAGUAAAUUUAUAGUUCUUUGCGUAGAAGUAGAAGCUUUCAAAGGUGAUCCGAUGAAAGUACGGAGACGACACCGUCGCGGACGGCGGCAUGAUAAUAUAAUUUAUUAAAUUAGUAUUUUUAAUUUUAAGGAAUUUAACGACAAUAGUUUCAUUCAAUUUGAUUGAAUUUCAAAAACUUCCAUGUUGUAUUAAGAGUUAUUAUUUUAAAAAUAAUACUCUCAUCACAUUUUAGGAAUAAUAUUAUUAAAAAAAGAAAUUCAAUGCUUUAAAUCUAAUCAUAUUCAUGUAUUUAUUUAUUUUAUAAUUAAAUAUUUUAAUUCAUUAUUGUAAAUAGUAGUUAGAUAGUCUGUUUUUUAAUUGAUUUGAUAGAGAAAUGUAAGUGAAAUAUACUCAGAGCAUUUUGAACAAAAUUAAAGCAUUUAUGUACGGCAUGAUUUUAUUUUAAAACUAGUAUUUUUAUAUGAGAAAGGAAUGUAUGUUAAUGAAAUGAAAUAGGAACAACAUUGUAUUCUUCAUUUCAACACUGCCAGUUAUUUGUGAAAUUUCGUGUGAAACAUUGUGUGAAAAUUUCGAAAAAUCAAACCGUUUUCGACAAACGAAAAUGCAACCACGAAACAGUCAAUAUGUAGGUGCGUACGAAAAAUGUAAUAUUAGUUUUAUUUAGAUCUAAUUUCACUCAUUAAUUAUCAUUCGAACUUCAGGAGACGUUUAUUAUAAAAUUUAUUAUAAAUAAAUUAAUUUAUGAAUAUAUUAUAACAUAAAAUUGGUAAAUUAUUUUUCGUGUUGAUGAUUUUUUUACAAAAUGUGGAAAAGUAUUACUUAUUUUUAUAAAAUUUUAUGUUAUAAUUUAUAAAAAGAAAUUUAAUUAAAACUAAUUGUUCAAUUUUAAUUUAAUGUCAACUACAUUGAAACGAACCUUUUUCGUUUAAGUUACGUGUUUUCUGUAUUUACCAAAAAUAUGUUUUCAGUCAAAUUAUUAUAGUAAUCAAUCUGUCAGUUUUGUAUAAUCAUAUAUUAUAAUGUGUAUUUAUAAUAAGAUGUAAGCCAGUGCCAUAAUAAAAUCGAUGCAAAUUUACAAAAACGUCGUUGCGAAAAUAUUAAACCGACAUACUUCAUAUUCAUAAAUAAACAUUUUCUAAACUUUU